AGAUAUGCAAAGAAGUUCUUGACCCUUCCUGAUGAACUCCUUAUCAAAAUCUCCGACAAGGUUGCACCAGAAGAUUUGCCAAACUUCCGCCUCACCUGCAAGACCUUGGCCAACAUAUCUGCAAAGCACUUUGGCGAAAAGAGACUUGCACACCGUCGCUUCAUCCUCACUGAGUACAGCCUGAAGGGAUUGGUUGACAUGACUGCUCAUCCGGUGUUC